CCCUCCUACAUGGAGCCGAGCAGAGGAGCCGAGUGAUGCUGGCAGGAGCCCGAGCUUCUCGAUAAACUCUGGCAUCAGCUUCCCUUCAUCCGGCAGUCAGUGAGGACACAGUGAGGGCGGAGGGGCAGAGGGAUGGGGAUGAAGGAAAACUGACAGGAAGGCAGAGAGAGGAGAGAGGAAGAUAAAAACAGACCAAAAGACAAAAAGGAAGAGACUGUCAUUAGAAUCACACAGCUCCUUUUUCACAGCAGCCGGUCAGCCGUACCGACUAGUGCUUCCAUCCAACCCGACUGGGAUGACGGGUGGUGUGUUUUUGUGGUACGGCUGCCUGAGUGACGGCAGCGCCUGCAUCACAGUCCGAAGCAGGAGUUCUCCUCGCCGCUCUGUCUCUUAGUCAUCCUCAGCCUUCUCUCUCCCUUAGAGUGUUAUUAGGACCGUUCAUCUUCCCCAUCUCAUGCCUUCUGCCUCCUCCUCCUCCUCUUCCACAGCUUCAUCCUCCACUUCUACUCCUUCUCUGAUGAGCCACAACCUCAGAGUGAAAUAACCCUGCUGAUAGAAGCUUCUCUCUCUGUCAAGACAGUGCCAUGCGUGAUUGGCCAGCACACCCUGUGGCAGUGGCAUUGCCCGGGAUUGAGCGCGAAGCUCUCCCUCCUGCUCACUCUCUGGAGCUCCUCUGGGAAGCUUUCCUGGGAUUUAUCUUGUGCUGCUGGAUGGCACGAGGCUCUCUGCCUCUCUGAGAACGGUCCCCAGAAAAAACACUCUCUAUACGGAUAAGAAGUAAAAUAAUUAUCCAAUCACAGCACAAGCAGGCAGACUGGGUUCCCUUAGCAACAACUGAAGGAGACAAGUGAUUUUUUUUUUCUCUCUUUCUGCUAUUCUGGUUUUUGGGCACACCCCUGUGGACUGCUGUGGGUCAGCGUUCUGAGAGAGGACUUGAAGAGCGAUGCUGCAAAAGCCAAGCUCCCAUCCAAAUUCCAAAGGAGGGUGCUCAUCUGCGUUCCAGGCUCCUUGUUACUGUGUCUCGCUGACAACAUGAUUUGGGGGUUUUUUGUUAUCCCUCCACAAAUUCCCUUCACCAAGUCACAUUCUGCUGGCUUUGAAAUCAAUUCAUCCUGAUCCCACGCCACCUGGAAUGAGCUCUGCAUUCAGGAGAGAGAUUGGAAGAAAAAAAAAAGCUCACACCUACUCUCUUGCCUUUUGUGGACAAGAAUACAAGGACAGCGCGAUUAGCCUUUCGCCAGCAAGGAAAAUGGAUGUGAAAUAAAGUUUAUUUUAACAAGUUUUUUUCAAGAGGAAGAAAUAAAACGGGGCACAGAGGAAUAUCUUUUUUUUUUCAGAGAAGAUUUGUCCUUUCUCUCUUGCAGACACUAGCCCUCACUGAGGGACUUCAUUUAAAAGGCAAAUCUUGUCCCCACUGGCCAUCAAUAGAUUAGAAAAAAGAUUUUCAAAGUGAGCUGUUGAUGUGGGUUUUAUUUUUCCAGGUAGCUUAAGCUUAACCCACUAUUAAAAAAGGUUGUUUUUUUUGUGUUCCCAGUUUUGUAGGUUAGUCUACAAAUAUGUCACUGUGUUGAAGUGAAAAAGAUUCAAGUGGACAAGGGGAAUGGGGAAUAAGUCUCCCUGUAUAGACAGGUGUUUUAAAAUAGCUGGGACAGUUUUAAAUGUACAUGCUGACAUGAGAUGAGUUUGCUUAACACGAUUAUGUAAGAAAUCUCCAAACAGCGUCAGCUCACAUUUUCUGCUUCCCUUUUUUGUCCAUGGAUUUUAAGUGUGGGACUUUUCUGAUGUUGAUACUCCCUUCAAUUUUGGAAGCGUCUACCCGAAGGGAUGGAUGUCAGAGUGUGACCCUGUGCCAAGUGUGCGGGCGAGGCAAGGUAAUUUGGCUGCCCAGGUGCUUUUAAGAUGUUGAGGUCUCCCUGUGUGGCCGGGGCCCCUGUUCGGAUCAGUAGCGCUGAGGCUCAUUGUAGCCAAAGACAUGGACCCCGACUCGGCUCCCCCACGCCCUCAGCCUGUUGGCCACUGGCCCCACGUCACUUUGUAAAGGAUGUCCCUCAGCAGAGCUCCGGCCCAGGACACCUCUGAGACCCCCAGCCCGAGAGAACGCAUCCGCAGCCACAUGAAGAUGGUGAUCAACCAGCUGGAAGGCAUUCUCACAGAGCUCAAGGAUGUGGCCAAGGAACUCCGGGAGGUGGUGGGUCAAAUUGAUAAACUUACGUCUGACUUUGACUUUGACCUGGAGCCAGAUGACUGGACGGUGGCCACGGCCAGCAGCACGUCCAGCAGUGAGCGGGGUUUGGGGGAGGCUUUUAGACUGGAUUUCCUCAAUGCGGAUGUGCUUUCUGAUAGUUGGGACUUCUGCAGUUACCUUGAGGCUGCUGGUGCAGCUUCAUGCAGAUCCAGUGAGCAACCAGGGGACCUACGACAGGAGCUGGGCCGGGGGACCAUCCCCACUCAGACGCAGACCCCCAGCCCACCUCCCACCACUGCCUCUGUGUACUCCCAGAUGAACGGUGGUUUGCCCAUUCCAAACGGACCGCGCAUCAUAACUCCGGAUUCAUCCAGCGAGGAGGCCAGCAGCUCCUCGUACAGCCAAAAGACUUCUCGUACCUCUGGCACAAGAGAAAGAGUCCGCUUUAGUGACAAAAUUCUUUACCAUGCAUUGUGCUGUGAUGAUGAUGAGGAGGAAGAGCAAGAGGAGUUACAAGAGGACAAAAGUGGCUGCACAACACCAGACAGUGAUACUGAGCCCAGACUCUUUGCAAGCUCGGCUGCACCGAAACGUUCUUCCUCUGAGCACUCACUCCUCCAUAACUGUCUGGAUCCUUCCUAUGUAUCCUCGCCAGUGAAAGGGAUGUCAGGAGCUCACACACUACCCAGGAAAGGUCUCCUAAACCCCGGCUGCCGUAAAAAACUGUUACGAAACAGCAGCACACAAACUGUCUCGGACAAGAGCACCCAAACUGUACUGCCCUAUAUUCCAACCAAACAGAAAACAAAGGACCACUGAGAGAGUCUGAAGUUUGUCAUAACUCUCAUGAAAAGGAACUGUGCAUUAUUUAAUAUUAAAUACAUAGCUCAUAGAUUAUCAACAAAUUAAUUACUAAAUAAAUAAAUGAUAUAUGGGAAACCACUUGACUACAUAAAGUCCUUCUGAGGCUCAGGGAAAACUGAAGCAGAUUAGAUCAGUAAGAUGAAAGUUGACGCUGGACCAAAAGGUUAGUGCCUAAUACUUAAAGAUACAGUAAAUGGACUUUUCUAGGUGUGAUUAAUGGCAUUGGUGACAGAGAUUAUAAAAAGCAAUUGUUUUUACCAGAACCUUUUAAAUGCUCAAAGUUACAAGUAUUUAAACAAAAAAUGCGAUUUUUUUUUUCCCCCACCCCUUGUCACAGUAACAGUAAGAAAAGAAAAUGCCUGUUUCUAUAAUGUGCAUACAAGACAUUUUCUCAAUCUGUACUCUGGAUCUGUAUGAACAUUGUCUUUUUUUCAUGUUUCGGUAAUUUAAAAUGUCAAGAGGAUUAUUGCUUCCAGCAGAGAAACAUCUCUAGAUGUGCAUAUCAGGACUCUUCCUCUUCUUUGAUGCCAACAAAUGACUGAGCAUAGUCAAAAAAAGAAAAAAAACAACAUAGACUUGCCCUUUAUUUCCUAAAACAUCUCAUUGUUAUCUCGUCUUGAUCUACUAGAGAGGCUGAAACAUACUGGUGACAGGCAGAAAGCCUUUUCAGAAGUUGAGCUCCACAACAGUGACAUUUCCAAUUUUCCUCCUCCUUUAUGCACACUAGUGAUGUCAUUAGACUUAGCAGCGGAGCUAAAUUGCAGUCUGGGAGGGGGAAAAAAAAGGGCCCAAGGUUUUGUCUCUUCAUUCAGUUGCCCAGUAGGGAAUUGUACUCCAUACAGCAGCAUUUUAUUCACAGGGCCAGUGCCAAUAGCCAUUCCAGAUCAAUAUGUUAGAGGGAGGUUGCAGAGAGAGGUUUCUUUGCUGAGCAUGCAUGCCCUUCCCCUGGGAUUCAUGAACAAAAACUCACAGUCAGAUCCAUUCACUUACUCUGAACAGACCAAAAAAUUAAACUGUUGCCCUAAAGAACUGACAUUUCAAAAAAUGUGCGCCCAGGAGUGAGAGCUGAUGGGCACAAGAGAGAGUGCUUCUGUUCAACGAUUGUAUUCUUUUUUUUUUUUCCAAAGAGCAAUAAUCUACCCAAGGGAACAGCUUUGUGAGCCAGGUCCCCUCACCUUUGUGUUUUCAAGUCUAAAAAGAAAAAAGUAAAAUGUUAAAGUCUCUAAGUGGAAAAUCCUUGCUGACUCUGGCGAGGUCGACCUUUUUCCUACUGAUCGCUCACUGGGGAUCGAGCCUUGUGCAAGAUGCAGCGGUUAUGGGGGUCUCCUUUCAUUUAAUCAUGCUGACUCUCCUCAUUGGACAAAAGCAAUAACCCUUCAGAAAAAGUUGCUAAAAUAUCAUGAUCACGUUGAUUUUGUUGAGGACUGACCAAGCAGUCUCAUCAUACUUGCACUGGUGCCCAGGGUACAAAAUUACUGCUACAACACAGAAGAUUAUUAGCUUUAUAACAGAAGCACAUCCAUUACAGCCCACGUCUGUUUUUUGUUGUGUGUUACUGUGUAACAGUUAUUGCAUAGUGCACAACUUGUAGGAAUUACAGCUAUGCUGUUUAGGCAGCAUCAAACCUCAAGAGUCCAAUAGAAGCAGAGCAGACUGUGCACUUUCAUACCAGGCAGCUUGGUGGAGGCCACACAAGCAUUAAUUAGCCAAAGGAUGGUGUUGUAUAUUAGCAUACACCAGAAGGCAGUUUUUGCAGUUUCCCUUUUCUAUUUCUUUUUCUAGAGCUUUCUUUUGUGUUCUGGCUUGGUAAAUCCCAAGUACCUGAGAAGAAAGAGGCUCUGAGUAGAGAUCAAUGGCUGGCUCCCUGAAGCAUUGGCUGCCAUUUCCCUGCUAGAUUGGGGACCAAUGGGUCAUCACAGCCAUUAGCAUAAACAAACAAAGCUAUGCCACUAGACAGGCAAAGCAUCAAUUACAGGAAAACAAACUAAGCUUAUGUGGUGAUGCUUAGGCACCCGCCAGACAUGGAAAACGUGAGAGGAAUUCAUUUCAUUCCUCACCUCUCUGUAGAUUUUAUAAAUCAUAUCUACAAUGAAAUCACCUCUUUGAGUAUUAAGUUGCUUGGCUGUGGCACAGAAUAUAUUAGCAUUGAGAACAGAUUUGAGAUAUUUGGACAAAACAUUAGCCACAUCUCUUUUGCCAACAGGCUCAUUAUUCAUCUGUAAUAGAGUCCAGUUUUGUCCUCAGUCCCCUGUAGGACAAGUGUAGGAGGCAUCCAAAGGUUAUGAAAACCUGAGCACAUGGAUGCCAGAAAUGUGCGCCAGCCAGAAAAUGUACUUUCUCCUUUUUUCUUUUUUGGUACUAUUACAUACAAAGCAGAUGUUUGUGAGUGUGAGCAUAUGACUGUUUCCUCUGUAUCUUCACUGUCAUUGAGCCUGCACAAUGUGUGUGAGCCAAGGGAUAUUUUCUGAAUCGUAUAUUGCUUCAUGUUUAAUUUCAUAUUUCAUUGUCACAGCAAUUAACGGAGAUCAAUACAAAUAGACCCGGCACAUCCCCCUGGAAGUCAUUUGGCUGCACAAGUCUAUAACAGAAGAUUACAAAUACAAAAUUUCCUUCAGAGGGCUGCAAAGUGAGUCAUGCCAUUGGUGUUAUGAUAUCAGUCCCAGGUUUGUAUUGGUUCGCACUCCUGAUCAAUGGUUGAAUCACAGCCAAAGGACCGCUGCAUUCAGUGACUAUCAAACGGUGUUUGAAAGAAAAAAAAGAGCUGUAUACGGCUGUUGUGCCACAAAAUAUAGAAGCAUGCACCCAAGCAGUUUCCUUUUCUACCCUUCAUAUAUAAUUACCACUGUUCAGUCUGUCUGGCCUUUGCCUCCUUGGGUAAAUAGUGAAACAAGGAUGACAUGUCUUUGUUUACCGUACUGACUGGUGAGGGUCCAUCAAGGGGAGAGCUCAAUGCAGUCUCACUGAUUACUAUGGAUUGGCUGAGGGCGGGUGUACCUGAGGUUGAUUUGUUUCAUCUCUGUGCCAUUUAUAGCUACCGGAUACAGGAGCAAACGAUGUCUGUACUACCGCUCACACCUUUUGCUGCACACGCCCUUCACUCUUCCCGUUCACUACACAACUCUGACAAAGGAGAUUAAUUGCUGUCUCCAUUCUGUUUAAAGCAGUAAAACUUACAUGGCUUUGGAAAUAAACACAACCAAAUCAUAGCUUAGACUCUGGCAAAGUCAUGCUAUAAUAAACCAGAGUCAGCAGCUGUGAAAAAAGUGCUGAACUUCAGGUACACUGGACAGUUGGUACAGGGUUACAUCAGCCAAUGUGGAGGACACUGCUGCUCUUAUAUACACAGGCAGCAUUUACAAUCAGCAACCAGAUCUAUUUUUCUGCACAUGACUCCAGCCAACCAAAUAGGCUCACCCUGCAAGAGGGAUGGCUGGACAAGGCCAGAUCAACUAUCAGCCAGCAUUUGAUUGGUUUUGGGGAGUGAUUAAUGAAGAGCUACGCAACCACUGCAGAUAAGAUCCAACCUUCACAGGUGAUGAAGGGCAGGGCCAGUGGCUAAGAAGAGGGGACUGGAUCACAAAAUGAUCCUUUCAGGUGAAUUGGUACACUGUAACUUAAGUAAAGAUAACCUUGUCACCCUGCACGUGUAUGGGGUGCUGCUACCCAACAAAAUGUCAAAAAGAAAACAAACAAAAAAAAGUCAAAAAAUGUGUAAGAAAUGGCAUCAAUGGGGCAUUGAAAGAAGCGAGAGAAUCCUGGUAUGAAAUUGAAACAUUCAAGUACAAGCAGAAGGUAAAAUAAAAGUUCUUCAGUUUCAAAUUAAAUUGUAACCUACUGUAUUUCAAUCACAGCUUAAGUGUUUAGGAUUGGUUAUACUGACAUGAGUACCGAACCGAUGGAAACAGUUUCAUGAUGCUGUGCUAUUGAGGAAAAUUGAUUAGCCAAGCAAAAGGAAGAGAGUAAGUUUUUUGAUCACGUUACCUGACUGGUAAUUGGAACAGAACCUGAUGUGAAGUUUAAAUGUGCCAUGACCGAGCAAUGAAGAAUCACCACUAAAGCAAUUUCUGAGGAUGACUCAAAAAAAGAUUGGCAGAAAAAGAGAAGUGAUUGUGGCUGCAAUGCUAUGAAACCUGACAGCUUACACUGUAGAAAUGCAGCAUUAUCACAUACAACUUGAAAUUGUGCACAAGUGGUGUGUUUAAUGACACACUCAGCUGAGUGAGGAGGAAAAAAACAAAAGUACACAGUUACAGGAAACAUAUGCAACAGACUACAGAAAUGUCUUACAAGAAGAAAAAUCAUCAGAAAAUAGAUAUCACAACAUGCCAAGCAGGUUGUAGAAGAGGGAGGGGGGAUCAAUUACAGAAUCCACUGUUAAAUGUAUAUGCAUUUGAAAGGUGGCCUCUGGAAUACAAAGGUUAGGCAGACCUUUAAGCUUGUAUACCCAAUUUUGAUUUUUUUUUUUUUUUAAAUCAAGGAAAAGCAUCAGAAAUCUUUGAAUAUUCCAGCUGCUCUGGUUUGGCAGCUAGUCAGCAUUUCCAUUGCAUUUUCCAGGGAAAAGCCAAGGAGGCAGGGAGUUGCUGACAGUUUAAGAAAGCCAACAAAUAAGAAUUAAAUGAUGAUGAGACAGGUGCAAUGUAUACGACAAGUGCCCAAGUGCCCCUUAUUUCACCUUGCAAAGGGCUUUCCCCAUCCAUCAUAUUUACUACUUUCUGAACUGUGUGUACCCUAUAUUCCUGCUCCCCUAUACACAUUCACUCUCCUCAGUUCAUUCCUUCCCUUGCAUUCUUCUUGCUGUAAUGAGCGCUCUUACUAUGCCCAUGAGGCUGUGACAGAGGUCUUCAUCAAAACUGCAGCCAUUUGGAAGGUGGCAAGGACAGGUAAGAGUCAUUCCUUUGCAAAGCAGCGGAACAUGAGCUGGAAGUCCAGUUCUUCUGCAGCGCUGACAAUCAGAUUGUUUUCAGUCCACCAAUAACCCAACAGAAAUCUGUAAAACAGAAAGGUUCUAAUUACACAUUUUCUGCUGUUCUCUCUCUGCUUCAAUUAGUUUUCUAGUGUGUCUACAGCCUCCUAUGUACUCCAGCUUUAAAGUGGGUCACCAGGCGUACAGUGUAGCCGGGUGCUGUUGUGCUCUUCCAAUACAUUAUAGAAGCGAUUCGUUCUCAAAUGACUGCAAUUAGUCUGGUGUCAGGAAUGCUUUGCGCACUCACAGUGGCUUGCUGACAAAGUAGCUCAGAGGUAUGUCAAGAGAUUAAUAUCAGUGGGAUCUCAUUAAAUAAGGUGCUUCAAAGAAUCUAGAAUAAUAAUCACAAAUUAAUAGCAACUUUAAUACUCUCUCCAAGAUUUAAGCAGUGGUUGGGAAAAGACGUUUACAAAUGAUCCGUAACAGCUAGGAGUUGCAUCUAAAAAUAUCUUUGCGUUGAAUGUCAGUGGGGAUAACAUAACAAAACUUUACCAUUUUGUAGAAGUGCUUGCUUUUACCUGAGUUAAUGCAUUGUUUUUCUUUUCAAAAACAAUCGAAAACACUGUGAAUGGUAGGAUGCUAAGUUAGAUCAUAAAAAGGCUUCAUUGCUGUUCAAUUUACAUUGAUCCAAAAGCAGAAGAGGGCUUUCAGUGCAGUUUGAAAAAAAAAACCAUUGAGGCCAGAGAUCCUAGCCUCAUCUAAAUGUUGAAUCAAUGUUUCUCCUUUUCUUCUUUCUAGAAGGGCUUUCAAGACUAGAAAUCACUAAUCUGCUGUUUGCAAUAUGGCUCAGUUUCCGGGGGUUCUGGUUUAAACUCAGUACAUUAAGGACACAUAAAGGUAUAAAAUGUUCAUUUUACUGCCCACAGAUGGAUCUCUGCCAAGAACUCAGAAUUUUUAUUUAUUGAAACUAAGGAACAAGACCAUAUUGGGAGAAACACUGAAAUGUUGUUUUCCUAUCAUUCUUUGUUAAAAACAUUCAUCUGACUUCUACACCUCGAUUUACAAUUUCUUGCACUGAUUUGAUCCAUGAUCGACAAUUCACUCUCUCCUACGCCCUCCUCCAUCUCCUCCACCUACAUCUCCUAAGGCUCCUAUGGCUUUGCCAGUUUCUUUACAACCCAGUAGGCAGCUUAGGCCCCCACACCAGAAGGCUUGACAAUACCUUCAUACAUACACAUCUUUCUCUUUCACCCGCUUGACCAAGAGACAUCAGGACUGCUCGUAAACAUCACGAUCACAUUUGUACCUGACCCCAUUACCUCUCUCUCUUUAACAAGGGUACCCACACUAACCCCAGCCGUUAUUCAAACCAUUAACAUAUGUUUCUCAAUUGGCACCUUUCCGACCACAUUUUCUGCCAAACGAGUAGCAUUCAACACAAUUCAAAUUUCCUGACACUCAACAACUUCCUUGGUGUUUACCAGUGUAGUUUCAAAAGUUAGCAUUUCUCAGAGACUCUGAUAGAACCUCUGUAUUUCUGGCACAGUUCUUAAUGACCCAAAUCUCAUUUUAUCUGGGUAACAUUUUAAAGCAUCCUGGCAAAGAGAGAAAUCCAGUUCUCCACCACUGCUCCACUACUGUUUGUCACCCUUUCUCUUCAGAUUUAAAGCCAUGACACUUACUGGAUGACCAACUCAACAGCACCUCUUACCUUAACACAAUACCUGGUCUGUAAGUCCUCCACGUGUCUGCAGUCUUCCAAAGAACAGGAAUUAGUGGUCCUUGCUUCACUCAUAAGCUAAUCUCUGUGGCAACCCUACAAUGGUAGAAUGAACUAUCCAAUACUAGAUGCACAACUACCUGCCAAAUGUUAAAUAAAAGAGCUAAACAAUGAUCUCUUCUCUAGCUUACUGUGCACAAAUAAGUCAAUGGAAUUAUUUACUUUUUCAACUUUUUCUUUUAGCUGUUCUAUUUUUCUAACAAAGCUUAAUGUAGGGUGUAUUCAGACAAAAAGAUUGUUCCAUAUUAUCUGGGAAACAAACUCGGGUUCACUUAAAGCAGACCAAAUGUGCCAAUUCUGAAUACACCCUCGCAUUGUGAUGAGCCCGACUCAUCUUCUGCUCGUUUUGUAUCUUAGUUCUAAAACAUUUUUAAUUAAAAGUCUUGAACAGAAAACUAAAUGUAAAUUUAAGGCUGUGUCAUACUUUGCAAGACAGACCUGCCAUGCAAAAGCAGUAUACGCUGUCUUUCUGGCCACAAGUUUUCAUAAUUUUUUAAUUCAAAGCGGAGAGAUCCCGCCACUGUAGGCAUUGCGUAAAUCAAUACCUCACAAAAAGAUUUUUUGUUUUGAAUGCAGGUCUGCAUGUGUAAAGGUCUUAAAGGUUAGGGGAGUCCUGAUAAUGUACAGGAGUAUCUUACGAUAAGCUUUGCCACAAAGAAAGGUGCUUACAUCUUUUUUCGAGUAUUAUAAUAAGUCAAUAACAAAGAUACUUUUGCCCGAAUUUUUAUUAAAUGACAAAAAUAAGGAAGUGAAAGACAAAGCCAAAUGCAACAUGAGAUUUAUUCCUUUAAGUUUUAAUGUUCUCUUAUGGUAGGACUUUUUCUAUUGAUGUUUGUUGUUGAUUAGAUAAAAUAGAACUGUUCCUAAAUCAAGGUUAAAGAAAAAGCCGUUUUAAAAUUGACAGAAUUAUCAAUUAGGCAUUGAUAUUGCAAAUACAUAAAAAUGUUCCUACAAUCAAGACAUUGUUGAAAAACUUGAACUCCAUGUGUGCAUGCAUACACGGAAGUGGUGUAGUAGAUUAAUUUUGAUGAUACCAUUUUCCACAAGUUGUAACACCUUAAACAUGCAAUGCUGGAGUGUGGAGCUGCCCCCUGCAGUGCAGGAUGCAGCCUCAGGAUGCGGAGGUAAGUAAGUUGGCCAUAAAUUUAAUAUGUCUAAUUUUAGUAUACAACUGACCUCAACAUACCUUCCACAAGAAAGUCACAUAAAAACAUAAAAUGUUAGGGUCGUUGACCUCAACACACAAGGGAAACUGUGUUCCAAUAGUAACAUGUACAAACAAGAAUAAAACAAGAAUCAAGAAAAAGGCUAAUAAUGUAUUAUAGCAUAAAAUCUUUCAUAUUAUCUCCAUUACUGCUUUAAAAAACGUGAUAUUCUACAUUUACAGAAAUAGAGUCCAGACUAAUUUUUGCUUAACACAGCAAUGUCAGCAGUUUGUUUAAGUGUGCUGGUACUGAGCAUCUGGGCCUGUUUUUAAGAUAUAAACUGCCCAAUCAGAUGCCUUAAUAUAUGUGGUCUGAUAUCAAACUUUGAAAACAGAUUCUUCCAACCCCGCUUUCAAGUGAUAGGGGUGUGGACUUCAAGUAACCUCACUCCUGAUUGCAGAGAGUGUUGCUAUAGCAACGUUGACUUAGACAAACUGACAAAUCACUGCUUACUGAUGAUUUCUGAUUCCAACAUGGCAAAGUCUGUAUCAUGAAAAAAUGGUGAAUGAAUUGACUUAAUUUGAUUGGAACCUGAAGCAAGUAAUUUUCUAAGGGUGACAUCACACUCACUUGGUAAGAGCUCAGAAACUGGCUUUAAAUCAGCUCAGUAGACGUCAAAAGGUGAUGUCACCCCAUGAACAAUCUUUGGUUAAAAUUAUACAAUUUUCUUUCAUCAAUCUACUCUAUAAAGGUGCUAGGUUCUGUUAAAUAUCACUGGGGGAACACACAUUUAUUAGUUUUUGGGAAAGGUUACACACACAUCAGGCAGGUCACUUGCUCAUUACAGGGCUACAAUCAAGAGAUGUAAUCUGAUCAUUCUGAGAUCAUUCUGCUGUCUGAGUGCUCAAUCAAAUUAAGCAACAGCAGAGAACACACUUGGCUUUCAUUGUGCAGUCUGACACUAAAACCAUUCAUUACAACAUUAGUUCCUCAUCAUUUGAGUCGACAGGUUCUGGGUUAGUUUUAACCAGAAGAAACUGUUUAGAAAAAAAGCCUUAGUCACCAAAUCUGCAACAGCAAAUCCUCUGUGCACUUAAAAAUGGCACACAUUUAUUAAAAAAAAUCAAAAGCAAAAAUCCUUCACCCACGUGGAGACAUACAUAGUGGUUAAAUUUUCAAUUCACAUCACAGUGCAGACAAUGCAGUUGAGAGCACAUUGUCUGGGCUCAUGGAAAUUGGAUCAUGCCUGCUAAACUUAACAUGUGGACAGUGUCGAUAUUUUGGGAAAUUGGGUCACUCAACAUGGUUUCAAGCUUCUUUUUUUUUAAACUUUUUUUUCCAAGCAGGUUUUGAAAUGCAAUGGCUUGCCUGUGAUUACUGAAUUUCUAUGACACCCAAUUAAUCGUGGCGAUAUUGUUGCACUACAUUGUGUGUGUUGCAGCCACUGGCCUAUUUGUACUGCAAUUAAAAAUACAAUGCUGCUGGCAUUGUUGGAGGAAUCAUCAAAUGAGUGCACGUUCUGCCUAGGUUUUACUAACUUUUAAUAGGCGGAUAAAUUACUCACAGCGCAUACACACAUUAUGAUUUUCUUUCACACAUUCUGAAGAAACUUCAUUAUUGCAAUAGUUGUUUUUAUGUGAAUCUUGAAUCAUCUGAGAAGAUUUUCUGUAAAUAAUUCAUUUAACUGUUUUUUUAAGGACAGUGGAUGGAAAAUGUAUUAAUGGGUAAAAUAAUGUGCUGCAAAAGUUAUAAAAGAGGAAAACAUGUCAAGUUGACAUUUGAAUGAAUAUUAAAUAGUGCAAAAACA